AUGGUAGCACUCUUAGGCCAGAAAUUCGCAAAACUCUACAACAAGCUGGAGAAUCAUGAUCAUCAUCACCAUGAAGCUGAUGAGUUAUCAGCAUCCCUGAAGGCUUUUCGAUCCCAAGUUUCAAAAUUGAUCGACGAAUUAGGACUUGGAUCGGAAGUCAUAUCCUUGUUUUGGAUUCAAAAAUGCCUUGGAAUCUUUCCCUUGAUCAACAAGGCUUUUGAAAAGCUUACUGUGGAGAUAGAUUAUCCAAUGAGUAAAUGGGAGGGUGAUUCUAUUGAAGAGUAUCUCAGCUACAGUUUGUGUUUGCUAGAGCUUUUCAAUUCAAUUUCUUCUUCUCUUUCUCAUCUUGAAAAGGCUAGGCUUUCUCUGAUUCAUGCCUUGAAGGUGUUUGAGAAUGAGAAUUCACAAUCUUUGACUACAAGUCAUCAUCAUUAUCCCAAAGCAAUUCAACCUAGCUGUUUGAAUACAAAAUUUGGUGAAAAGCUGUGUGAAAAAAAUGGUAAAGUGAAGUUUUUUAAUGGGAAGGAGUUCGUUGUUAAUGAAGGUGUGAAGGAAUUGAAGAGUAUUGGUUUUUGGGUUUGUGGGAUUUUGUUAUCUGGUUUGUGUAGUGAUGUUAAGCCAUAUAUUGAGGUUAAGAAAAUGGUUGGUGGGUUUGAUGGUUCUUUGAUUUUCACACUUGAUUCAAGAAUCAGUGAAGGGUUAGGUGAGAAAAGUUUCAUGUUGAAGGAGGUAAAGGAGGUGAAUGAUGCUGUAGAUUCCAUUCUUGAGGCUUCAGAUGAAGUGAAACAUGACGCAGCUAAGGAAUUGGAGACAAAGCUGAACAAGUUUGUGGAGGUAUCUGAUGGUGUAAAAGCUGAGGUGGAUGGUCUUUUUACAAAGGUAAUGGCUCUGAGAACUGACUUGAUUGAUCAACUUAGGAAACAAUACUAG